CUUGUCAUUUGCCUUCAGUAGAUUGUGCCGUGGAGAGUGUAGUGAAGGGAGCAGCAGUGCGCUGGUGAAAACAAGAAAAAAAAAGAAAAAGAACAAAAAAGAAAAUCUAACAAUGAAAUGGACGCAUGAACGCAUUGCAGUUCACUAACGUUAGUCUUUUUAUAUUGAAGUCAAUGACGUAAAAUCGUCUAAGCAAGUGAUUUAAAGGUUAGCAGCUGGCUAAAGCGAGACAGGGCUGUGUCAUUGAGAAGGCAGGACACGUCAAGACGAGGAAGGGAGAAAAAAUAGACACUCCCGUCGGAUUAAAGAUCCCCACUUUAUAGUGUCAGAUCACCAGUUUAUUGGAGCUUCUGCGUUAGUUUGCAUUGUGAUAAUAUCUGGAACGAGUGUCUGUCCUCUCAGUCAUCGCUUGGAUCAGCCUCUAAGGGUUAAGAAAGCAAGAACAACUGUGUCGGAGCCAGGUUGAACUGGAGAACAUAAAUGGGGGAUUACGGGUUUGGAGUCUUAGUGCAGAACAACACUGGCAACAAGUCUGCUUUCCCAGUACGAAUCCACCCUCACCUGCAAGCGCCACACCACCACCAGAGUGCGACCGCCAGCCCCGCCGCUUUCAUAAACAGCACCCCGGCUGGAAAUGGCGGCAGCAGUGGUUCGACCUGGCUGUUCCCGGCGGCCGGCGCUCACAGCAACAUGCAAGAUGAAAUUCUAGGCUCAGAAAAGCCCAAAGCCCAGCAGCAGGAGCUGCAAGAGACCCAAGAGAAGCAGCAGCAACAGCAGCUCUCCCCCGGACACCAGGAGAGUGCCAUCAUCUCUGAGCUGGAAAAGGCUCGUGCAGAAGAGAGUAAAGUGGAGACCGGGUCAUCCGACGGGACCAGUGGCAAGGAGAAACUGCGUUUGGAGUCCCCCGUGCUGACGCCCUUUGACUAUCAGGAGCCCUCGGGACUGGGCUCAGUUGCCCAGUCCAGCACCUCCUCCUCCCUGACCAGCUUCAACAACUGGUCGGCUGCUAUCCCCGCUACCCCCUCCACCAUCAUCAACGAGGACAUCAGCUUCUUCAACCCGGCCGCCUCGGCCAACAACGCCCCUCUGCUGUUCCAGAAUUUCUCUCACCACGUCAGCCCAGGCUUCGGGGGUAACUUCUCCCCUCAGAUCGGUCCCAUUUCCCAACACCACCCACCUCACCCCCACUUCCAGCACCCCCACAGUCAGCACCAGCAGCAUCGUCGUUCUCCAGCCAGUCCCCAUCCGCCACCGUUCCCUCACCGCAGCGCCCCCUUCGGCCAGCUGCCGCACCUCUCCAACAACCUGAGCAAGCCUCCCUCACCCUGGGGCAGCUACCAGAGCCCCUCGCCCUCUCCUUCUUCCACUUCGUGGAGCCCAGGUGGGGGUUACGGCGGUUGGGGUGGCUCCCAGGGCCGUGAGUACCGCCGUGGUUUGAAUGGCGGCAUGACUCCUCUCAACUCCAUUUCCCCACUAAAGAAGACCUUCCCCAACAACCACAUGCCCCAGCAGAAGUAUUCCCGAGCAAGCCCCGGCUUCAACCCGAAGUCCUGGAUGGAUGACAGCAGGAGCGAGAACAUCUUCCCUUUCCAGGAUCGUCCUCGUUCAUUUGAUGGCUUCAACAUGCAUUCUCUGGAGAACUCUCUGAUUGACAUCAUGAGGGCCGAGCAAGACACUCUGAAAGGUCGCCUCGGAUUCACCCAUACAGGAGGAGACAGCCCCUUGCCCAUAAAUGCAAGGAAUUAUGGGAGGCGACGAGGACACUCAUCCCUGUUCCCGAUGGAAGAUGGCUUCCCAGACGAGGAGAGAGGCGAUCAGAGCCUGCCUGGCCUUGGUUCCUCCCACUGCUUCCCUCACCAGAACGGAGAGAGGGUGGAGCGCUAUUCUCGCAAAGUCUUUGUGGGUGGCCUCCCCCCUGAUAUUGACGAAGAUGAGAUAACCGCUAGUUUUCGCCGCUUCGGGCACCUGUUUGUGGACUGGCCUCACAAAGCAGAGAGCAAGUCAUACUUCCCCCCGAAAGGUUACGCUUUCCUCUUGUUUCAAGAUGAGAGCUCUGUUCAAGCCCUUAUCGAUGCCUGCAUCGAGGAGGACGGAAAGCUCUAUUUAUGUGUUUCCAGCCCAACCAUUAAAGACAAACCUGUCCAGAUUCGCCCUUGGAAUCUUAAUGAUAGUGAUUUUGUGAUGGAUGGAUCACAGCCCCUGGACCCGAGGAAGACCAUAUUUGUGGGAGGAGUGCCACGCCCACUUCGUGCAGUGGAGCUGGCGAUGAUCAUGGACAGGCUGUAUGGUGGCGUGUGCUAUGCAGGCAUCGACACAGACCCAGAGCUGAAGUACCCCAAGGGAGCAGGGCGGGUCGCCUUCUCUAAUCAGCAGAGCUACAUUGCUGCUAUCAGUGCUCGUUUUGUACAACUGCAGCAUGGAGAAAUCGAUAAACGGGUGGAAGUGAAGCCAUACGUCUUGGAUGACCAGCUGUGUGAUGAAUGUCAGGGGACUCGCUGUGGAGGGAAGUUUGCUCCUUUCUUCUGCGCUAACGUGACGUGUCUCCAGUAUUACUGUGAAUACUGCUGGGCGGCCAUCCACUCACGCGCCGGCCGCGAGUUCCACAAGCCUCUGGUCAAGGAAGGUGGCGACAGACCUCGCCACAUCUCCUUCCGCUGGAACUAAAGCUGGUAGGAACAGGAGAAGACCGAGAGAGAGAGAGAGGAGAGGGGGAGAGUAGGCUAGGAGGAGUCGCAAAAUCAUCAUCUAAAUAAAUGCACUUUUCUGUUGCUGGUUCCUUUUUAGUUUAAUUUUAAAAAGACAGACAAAAAAUAUGAUUUUAAUUUGUCAUUUAAUAUAAUAUUAAAAACAUGGAUGUGAAUCCAAAAAAAGAUUCAGGAAGAAAAAGAAAAUGUCUAAUCCAUCUCUCUAUUUUUUUAUAACUCCAUUAUAUUUCAUUUUCAAGUGCACAGAGAUGUGAAUAUAUUGAGUAUUAGUAUAAUUUGUCAGUAAGUAUCUGCAUGACUUUUAGAAUUGGCUUUUUCUUAACGUUGCGAUUGGAAGUAUUAAGUCCUAUUUUAAUUUAAUUUAAAAGGCAAAGGAGCAAAUGUGAAAAGAAAAGGUGUGGGAAGAGUGCAUUUGUUUCUUUGCUACCCAGAGUGCAGAUGUGUGGUCUAAGAUCUCAGUUGUUAACCAAAGCUUGGGAUUUGAGAACAGAAGUGAAUUCUCUCAACACUGUUUUUUUUUUUUUCUUUUCUUUUUUUUUUUUUUUAUAUAUAUACUUUAAGACCAUGCUAAUCUUCAAUGUUUCUUGAUGACAACAACUGAUUCCACAACAGCUGUCUGGAUUUGAUCUACAUUGUGACAUGCAAGAAAACUAAUACCUCAAGCUUAGCUGCUAGUUUAAGUCGAACAUAUAUAUAUAUUACAAAAAAAAAAAAACCUGGUCUCACCCUUUCCCCCAGGACCAUAGAAAAAGGAAAUGACAUCAGCAUACAGCACAUUGAGAAAAUCUGCUCUGUCACUUCCUGAUUUGAAUUGGAGAUUCAGCAUCCUAGUGGGGAAUGUAUGUUGUUAAUGUUGCAGUAGUCGGCCUGCAAGCUGGUUCAAAUGCAAGGAACUUGAUUUCGUUUCUGGUCCAGCUUAGCAAGAAGCAGCCGUCGAUCUCUCAGGCUGUUAGCGGCAAGCCUUCGUUUUCAUUUUUAACUUGCGAUAUGUGUCUCCUAAGCCUUUCCCCAGCACCCCCCCACCCCAAGCCCAAAACCCAGAAGUGUACGUACAAGCAGAACCGCAGUGAAAGCAACUUAGAAGGGAGGAAGAAUGAUCGAACAAUGUACCUCCUGUCCUGUAGCAGCCUGAGUGUGAAGCAUAACUGAAGUUAGUCCAUGCAUCUCUCCACUCGCUCGGCCCUUCCCCCAAUGCUCACCUGAAACUUAAGAGGUUUUACUUUCAGACAUUAGGGAACCAAAGAUGGCUGUGUAGUGUCUAGCGAAUCCAUGAACGUUUCCUUUCUUUUACCCUGCAGAUUUCAUUUUGGCUGAUUAUUUCUGCCCCAAACCCAAUCCUGUCCUCAUCCCAUUCAAUAUAAAGACCAGAUGGGCUCCAGCAAACCAAAGAUUGGCUUUGAAUUGAUCAGCAUGCAGUUAUUAGUGAAAACCACUGAACCUUUUUUCGCAAGUCUACCCUCUUUCCAAAGGUCAACCGAAAGAGAUGCAUGUAGUUCGGCGGUCGGGUAUUGUUGAGGAGUUUACGCCAGGCAUCAGGAAAUCCAAUUCGGUAGAUUUGUCGGCAUUCAAAUCGACUAGCGCAAAAGUCAGGGAGUUAGUGAUCAAUUAAGACUUUUAUUUAUCCUCGUGUCGGCUUGACGGUGUUCUCGUCGUCACUUGAGCUGGUGGUUGAACGUUUUUGAAGUUAAACACUUUUUGAAGAAUUUGCCGUUAAUGAGAUGGCAAAAAAAAAAAGAAAAAAAAGUUUAUUUUAUACACGGCCUGCUGAUUUUUGGUACAGUGUUUUCUAGCUAAAUUAUUUUGUCAUGCACAUAUAAACAUUUAUUAUGCACUACUUUUCUAAAUACUUUUUUUUUUCAACAGUCAUUUUAGGCACAUUUUUCACGAAAUGGAAAAACUCCUUUUUGCAAUACCUCAAUUUUUCACAUUGUGAAAGGUAGCUUUUGUACUUUUGUUACUGAGAGAUCUGCAUAUAUGGAAAUUUUCAUUUUAAGAGAAAAAAAAAGUUGAGUGAAUUUAGAAUAUAUUAUUUUCAAUUAUGCUUUUUAUACAUUUCAGUGCUGAGGACUCUUUACAACUAAGGACGCACUUGCUUGUGUUGACGCGACAAAUCUGCAGAGGAGAGAUCAAAGUGUAUCGCUUAAGUUCUUGGCUCUUGUACACUAGAUUUUAAUGGCAGCCCUAGAUUCAGAAAUGAUCUGACAGCAGCAUGGUAAGAACACGUUGUCGUUCAUGUUAAUAUUGCGCAAAAUGGCUAAAAGAUAACCUUGUCUCUUUGGUUUCCUCUCCAUAGCUGGAAUAUAAACUUAUAAGGAGAAUGCUAAAUCUGGUUCAUGUUUAGGCUGAUCCUCGUAUCACAAUGGAUGUUUGAUGUUUAGGUAUUUUAACAUUUGAAAAUAUAUAUUCUUGAACUGCCAACUAGUUCCUAUUGUAAUCCUUAGCAUGCAUGACGAGAAAGGAAAAAAAAAAACGUACAUGAAUUAGCUAAUAAUUGUUGUGGUUGUGCACCAGAUGUUUCUAAACCUUUCGUUUAAGGCCACCACACACCCUGCACCCUUCCCAUGUUAUUCUCGAAACCUUCCCCAUAAUCCAGUAUCAAUAGGAUGCACAGAGGAAAAAAAUAUAUAUACACACACACGCGUAAAAAAAGAUAACUCUAAAUGUCAUUGGAUGAAUUAGCAGUGCAGGACGAAAGCAUCUUCUUUAGUACGCUGUUAAAAAGACUUGAGAACUUUAUCCCCACUGUCUGUUUGAAGUAAAUCAAAACCCGUUUGGAGAAAGGGGAACUUAAGACUUGAAUGUGGUAAAUGUUGCAAGUUAACUUCGAGUUGUUAUGUGCAAUACUUUUUUUUGUUUUGUUUUUGUUUUUUUAACUUUUUCCAGAUAAAGACUCUUUGCAAUGUAAUUCUUUAAUGCCAUUUUUAAUUGCCGACAUUUAAAGAAGAUGUUAAUAUGUUUUUCACAGUCAUUUUCUACUGUUAUUGUAAUCCUUUUCAUGCUGGUGUUUGUAAAAAAGAAAAGAAAUCAAACUAUUUGUACUAAUAUAAAUAAUUGAAGUUAUUUUUAAAACAUUAAAGGUUUUGUGCUCAUUUGCUUAUUUUGUUUAUUUCAAGCUACUGUGAUUGAUUGCAUUGUAAUUAUUAGGUCAACAAUGUAUUUAGCUGUUUAUUGGUAUAUUUUUGAUUGGAAUGUAUAAUUAAUUUUUAUAAUUUUGAUCAGAUUUUUGUUAUAUUUUUGAGGUGAAGCUUUUAAUAUGUUAAAGUGUCUAGUUUUUACUAAUUGCUAUAUUGUGCUCCACAAUAUAUGGUUCACAUUUUCUGAAGGAAAAUAAAUAUUUAAAUAUCUGUCUGUUAACGAUGUUACUUAAUGGCAAAAUUUCAAUAGUUUUUAACUGUGUAUGGGAAGGUUGUUGUAUUUAUUAAUAGCAUUUUUUUUACUUAAGAUAUCACCUUAAUUUUUAUUGUCAUUUCACUUUAUAAGUUCCUAUUUUUGUAUUUUUUUCUUUCUAAUUAAGUUAUGUUAUACGAAAUGUCCAUAUUCUAGGAGUUGGUCUGUAAGUGCUAGUGAAACAAAAAGAAAAAUCUAAUGCUAUUUAAUUGUUUGCAGCCAACUAUUUAUAACAAUAUGCAUAAUUUUUAAAUAUUUGUAAUGUGAAAUGUUGAAUGAAUAAAACUUAACUGUGACAAGA